AUGGCUUCUCCAAAGCCGAUGGACAUCAUCAUCCUAGGCGGCGGCAUAGCCGGCCUAACGACCGCUCUCUCCCUCACCAAAUUUGCUCCUGCCUCGUCACCACCAAAUAUCACCAUUUUCGAGAUCAGGCCUGAGCCUGCAACAAUCGGUGGUGCCGUAAACCUCACACCCAACGCUCUGCGUCUCCUUUCACACCUAGGAGCUCUCGAUGAGAUCCGUGCCAAAGGAUAUGGCGCAGAAUGUCUCGCAGUAGAAGUCUUCGACCUCUACACCAACGUCAAAAUAGCGGAAAGCUCCUUCAGAGGACCAGACGGAAAAGGUCUGGGUGAUCCUCCAUUUACUGCGCUGAGAAUUACAAGAGGAGAGGCGCUCAAGGGUGUCCUUGCUGCCAUUGAGAAGCACCCAAACAUCAAGCUUGUAUGCGGCAAGAAAACAAUCAAUAUCAAUGAAAGCGACACUGAUGUCAACAUCGAUUUCGAAGACGGAGGAAGCGCAAAGGCGGACAUACUAAUUGGAUGUGACGGUAUCCACAGCGUUGCGCGCCUCAAGCACGUCGAGCCCGAGCGAAAAGCAAUGUACAGCGGAAUAUGUAACGCCUUCGGCUUCGCACCCCGACGAAAGUUGGAGUCCUCCAGCCAGGACUUUGAGCCCACGCACUUUGAAGUCAGCGGCAUGAACUUUGGUCGUCGCGGCAUGAUGUUGACGUCCUUCCACGACCAAGCACAAGAAAGCAUCUACGUGGGCGCACUGAUGCAAGUCCCCGAGAUUGCAGACCGCAAUGGCUGGAAAGCAGCAGGAGCUGAUGUGCAGAAGAUCCGCAACGAGAUGCUGGACCGUUACUCUGGUGCUGCAAAUUCGCAGAUUGCACAUUGGAUUGAGGAUGCAGAGGGUCUGUAUCUCUGGCCUGUGUUCACCCUCUCAAAGGGGGGUAAAUGGGCUACCGACCGCGUCAUAUUGAUUGGCGAUUCCGCACACGCUAUGCCUCCGCAGGGCGAAUCCACAGGCAUUGUCUUCGAAGAUGGUGUCUUAUUCUCGCGCUGCUUGGCAAAGUGGAUGGAGGAUAGACGCGACGAAGGCGUACCUGUCAAGGAAGCUUUUGACGCGUAUGAAUCUUUGAGACGCGCGAGAAUCGAUACUGCUUUCGAUGAGAGUCAGAGUGUGGUUAAGACAGUGCAAGAUACGCCUUGGUUGGGCCACAAGAUCAAGAUGAAUGUGGUGCCGUGGUAUCUUUGGUGGACGAGGAGUUACCGGGAAAAACAUUUCAUAGAGGAUGUUACGACGUGUGACAUUGGGUAUUGA